AAUACUCUAGAAAAGCACUUCAAGUUCUUGAUUCAUCGUCAGAGAUGGCUUAGAACCAACAGUACAUUAUCUAAUCGAUGUUUCCGCUCGAAGACUUUAUCUGAGAGUUAUCAAUAUUUGUCAAAUAUGUUCCUAUCUAACGGAACGCUACUGGAGGCAUUCAGGGAGAACCAGCUAGCUCUGGGUUCGAGUGGCAUUUCACCCCUAACCACAACUCAUCCGCUGAUUCUUCAACAUCAGCCGGUUCGGACCUCCACUUAG